AUGUUGGAGUGGGUAAAAACUAGUAAUCUUAAGAUAAUGUUGGAUGGACUAUUCGGUGAUCCUUCUACAAAAUUUUUUACUGCUGAAGGUUACAUCUUUACGGUUGUUGCAUCGCGUUCAUUUAUUUCAUUUGCCAAAGACUUAUUCCAGAGAAAACCACAUAUCGAGAUGAUGCUUACUAUUACUGAUUUUGCAUUAGGUGAAGCUGAUUGCUGA